AUGGCUAUACUUGACGCCAUGUUCACUUCGGAUCCUUCUGCCAGGGGCCUGCUUCCACUCGACAUGGGGAUUAUUUCUGGGCUGAUGUCGGGCCUUGCUCCAACCUUGAUUAUUGUUCGGACAGCGCAUGGAAAACCCGUGGAUGGUGUGCAACAGAUGAUAUCGAUAUCUUCGUUUCCGGUGGUAGACUCGGGGGAGAAUCAAGAAAGGUCAACCACCGUCACGAGCCAAGCUACGAUAGACCUUCAUCUACCGGUUCAACCUGGCAAUACUGCUGGGCGUAGUGAAGGUUCAUCGACUUUACAGGUUGGCCCUCGCCAUGACUCGAGGAUGGAAGUCUAG